AGCUUUAUCUCACUAUAACAUCGGAGAUCAGGCAGAAUGUGAAAAAGAUAUUGAAGAGGCCAAGAAAUUGGACGUUGGCCCACCAUUGGUGAGUUUCUUUCAUUAUGAAAUUCCUAAAUAGUUAAUAAAACAUGUCAUAGUCAUAUUAUUGAAAAAAUCAUCAAGUCAUAUUAAUAAACAUGUCAUACUCAUAUUAAUGAAAAAAAUUACUCGAUUCUGAAUACAUGCACUUUUAGCUGAAAUUCGUACGCGAAUUUAAUAAUUUAAUUACAAGAAGCACAUAGACAGGGGUUGGAGAAAAUGAAGUUCUUCUUGCGAGCACAGCCUGAAACACAGCCUGCGAGUACAGCCAGCGUUAAAUAUAUCCAUAUAUAUAGGUUAAUUUCGUACAUCUUUUCGUUGUGUCCCUAUCCCUCUUGGUUAUGAAGGAACUAUUUCCAGCAAUUAAAUAACGAACAGCAAAACCACUGAGCUAUACAUAUUGCAGCUCAGUGGGCAAAACACUAGAUCCAACAUUAGCGACUUAGCGCAACAUGUGGUCAUCACAUAACCAAAUUUGGCUAUUUCUAACUAAGUGUCGCUAUGAACAUAUUGCGACUGUAAUGGAAAGGAUCAAUCACAGAGUUCGAAGUAAGGCAGUUAUUAUCGCGCGAGGGGGCUUGCCUUUUAGUUAUAUUUAUUAUAAGUAUGACGAUCGCUCGCUUAGUUUCUUUUCCUUUGCCUGCGCGCCUUUAAAAGCCUCUGGCAGUUCUUUCAAAAUGUUUUAAUUCAACAUUUUUUAUUCAUGUAGAAAAUAGGCGACAACUUGAAAAGUCAGGGUAUGAAUAUGGUUCAUUUAAGAAAUUAUCAUCGAGCUGUACGUUUACUGCAACUUGCUGAAAAUUAUUUCCGGCCACUUAAUAUUGCCGACCAAUCAAUGAAACCUCGUUGGUACAAAUGCUGGAAGUUAGUUAUUUUUACUUUCUGGUGUGGCAAAAUGUACGGGAGAGCUAUACAAGCAGGAAAGGAGUGGCAACAAAUGGGGCCGAUUACUAGUCAG